AUGGAGGAUGGAAGAACGGAAACAGAAGACAUGGCAGAGGAUGUGUCAAAAGAUAAAAAAGAAAAUGUGGAGGAGGAGACGAACCUUGAGAUUGCUCAGCUGCAGGGCCUGGUGGCUGAGCUGCGCGAGGGGCUUCAUGCCGCUCUGAUGGAGCUGUGUGAGCUGCGUCAGAGGGACGAAGGCCUGGAGGAGAAGCUCCAGGCCCAUCAGACUGACGUGGAUGAUCGGAUAAUGGGCCUCAAGAACUCGCUCAACACUUUCAAGGAGGAGCUGAAUGUGGUGUUGUUCCACAUAAAGGAUGUGUCGGGCAGACAGAAGGAGGUGCAGAAGAGGAUAGAACUGCUGCAGUCAGAAAACACCAAAGAUAUCAUCUCUGUGCCACACAGCAGAAAGGGCUCCAAGGCAGAUUUGCUAUCAGCAUCAGGGGAUGAGCACAUCUGUGUGCCGAGCCAGUCAGACCUCAGCGUCAUUCAGCACUUCUUCUCCAGUCUGCCACUCAGCGGGUCGCCACAGAGGAGCACCACAUCGACACAGACCUCCACCUCUGAGCAGGAGGCUCAGCAGCAGCAGAAAGGGUGUCCGUCCAAAUCUCCAGCGUGGGGGGAGAGGAAGGGCAGCAGAGACGACACAGAGGCAGCCAACAGCCCGACUGAAAACAAUAAGAGACAGAGAGUGGCUCUGGAGCUGCUGGAGUCAGAGAGAGUUUAUGUGUCUCACCUGUCUCUGUUACUGAAGGCCAACAUCUCCUUCAAUGGAUCCGAAGCUCUCGCCUCCAAAGACAAACGUCCGUUUCCAAGCACUCUGAGGUUUCUGAUCCAGCAGCACCUUGAGCUCCUCCAUACUCUCCAGGAACGUGUGCUCAAGUGCCAGUGGCAAGGCAUCAUGGGAGAUGUGUUUAUGAGGCUCACCAGCAAAGAGAGUGACUUCUUGAACUUUUAUGUGUCCUACCUGAAGGAGCUUCCAGAGUGUCUGUCAGUCGUCACCAUGCUCGCCUCCAGCUCCAUGAAAUCUUCUGCCUUCCUGGAGAGUGAAAUAAUGGGAGACGAAUCCAAGCCCUCCCUCCACACUCUGCUCCUUCAGCCGGUUCAGAGGAUCCCCGAGUACCUGCUGCUGCUACAGGGGCUGCUGAGGCAGACAGAAGCAGAGCACCCAGACUACUACCUGCUGCUCGUGUGCAUCCAGCAGUUCAGGUCCUUCACGGCUCAGUACCACCACCUCCUCCAGCACAACCAGGAGCUUCUGAUGCACAACCGCAAGGAGGUGAAGAGGUCGACAAUGAAACAGCUGUUAAAGACAGUGGAAAGCGGGAUGCAAGCUAACAACAUUGGCUCCCCGUACCCUUGCAACAGUGCAAUGUUAGAACAUGCCAACCAGGUGAAGCGGAGCAAGCAGCGUCUCCUGGAGCAGAUGCAGUCUCAUCGUUUCCAGGAUUGGGAUCGGGACAAGGAUCCAGAAAGCCAUUGUUACGACGCAGAGUGGCCCGCUCAGCUCCCGUUCUUCAGCCCAGAGAUGGACUUACGGAACCACAAACCAACAGGGCUCGGCAGUAUCCCAGAGGGUGAGGGAUCUGAGAGGUCCAUGUCAUGCCAGCAUCAUCUGCCCUCCAGACCUGCAGACUUCCGUCAAGUUCAACCGGGCUCUGCUCUGGCCGACGCCCUCGGAGAGUUCCUACUUCCGCCUGACCCCCCAGGGAUGGAGAGCCUUUACGAGGAGGACAGAGGCUCCAUUCAUGAUGACUCCAUGUUCGACCGCUGCUCCUCUGCCUCUUCAGACUCCUCCAUCGACAUCGCCUUUGUGAAGUGUCCCAAAGCGCCCUCAGCGACGCAUCACGCCAUGGCGGCGAAUGUGUCGGCAACUCGUGAUGUCUUUGGCAACAGUGGAAGCCACAGGAAUGGUUACAGCAAAUUGCCCAACCGAGGGUGCGUGUCUCCGGAUGAAGCUGUAAUGAUGCGCCGCAAUCAGCAUCGCCCCCUUCAGGCCAGCCAGCGAAAGAGCAAGUCGCUGAACGGCCUGCAGAUGGACAACGCAGUGAGCACUUUGGACGCUGGUCCUCUAUCAGACCACCUCCAAAGGCUGGGACUGGGCAGCCAUGCCAAACUGGAGCGCCAAGGCAGUAAAGGCAGCAAAGGGUGUCCCAUCACGUCCCGUAAGGUCCAAAACCCCCUGGGGAACAGAGUGGACAUGGAAAAACAGGGUGAUGAUCUUCAUGGGCUGCUCAGCAUUGACUCUGGUUUCCAGUCGUGGGGGGACGAGCCAAAGUGGAGGGCUGGGACCGAGGAGAAUAAUCACACCCCCUUCAGCGAGAGGAGUCGGAAGCAGGACAAAGGAGGCUUCAGGAGCUCGUUUAAGAAACUCUUCAAGAAGAAGAGCAGUGAUGAGAAGAAAGAGAAAGGAGGAGAGAAAACACCAGAACACCACAACAACAGUGAACCCGAGGCACCGGGGAAAAAUCCCAAACUGGCACAUCUGGACUUAAACCGUGGCACAGCUGUAUGAACGCACAACAUGAGGUUGUCUUUACAUUUGCCACUGCUGUACAGGUAUAAGCUAUUUAGCUGAGGAACGCCUCUCAUAAUUUCCAAAUAUGAAUGUGUUUAUUUUAUUUGAAAGAAUCAA